UCCAUUUGUUCAGAGCCAAACCCCAGAACCCCGAAUACUAUACGACUGAUCCUGGCUCGGCUUAGGAUAUGCGGCGAAUUCAUUCCCUGUGCGGACGAGGUGGACUGCUUAGCCUCAACGCGAGAGACCCACCUCAUUUCUUCGUCCCCUCCUCCUCAUUCUGUACGGACGGCGGCAAUGCCGACGAGUUUCAGCACAAUACCUCCAGGGUCAAGAUCUUCGAUCGUGACCUCAAGCGCUGUCAUCGUGACCGAUCUGCUUGGCUCUCUUGCCAAAACGACUCCUUUGUGGACGCUGUUGCCGAGAAUCUGAUUGAUCGCCUCCAGGAUUGUAGGAAAAAUUUCCCCACUGCAUUGUGUCUGGGAGGAUCUCUUGGUGCUGUUAAGCGUUCUCUAGGCGGUCGUGGUGGGAUCGAACAUCUAGUCAUGAUGGAUACCUCAUACGAUAUGAUUAAAUCAUGUAAAGAUGCCCAUGAAGCUUCACCCUAUAACAAUGUUGAGACAUCUUUUGUGGUUGCUGAUGAAGAGUUUUUGCCUGUCAAAGAAAGUUCGGUUGAUUUGAUAAUAAGUUGUUUGGGCCUUCAUUGGACCAACGAUCUUCCAGGAGCCAUGAUACAGUGUAACUUGGCACUGAAGCCUGAUGGUCUAUUUUUAGCAGCAAUUCUUGGCGGAGAAACCUUAAAGGAGUUACGGAUAGCGUGCACUUUGGCUCACAUGGAGCGUGAGGGUGGCAUUAGUCCUCGUCUGUCGCCUUUGGCGCAGGUUAGGGACGCUGGAAAUCUGUUAACCAGGGCGGGUUUCACUUUGCCCGGUGUUGAUGUUGAUGAAUAUGUAGUUAAAUACAAGAGCGCACUGAAUCUUAUAGAGCAUCUCCGUGCAAUGGGCGAGACCAAUGCCCUUCUCCAGAGAAACAAGAUCCUGAAGCGCGAAACUGCUCUUGCUACAGCAGCAAUAUACGACUCCAUGUUCGCCACGGAGGAUGGUACAGUGCCCGCAACUUUUCAGGUGAUCUACAUGACAGGGUGGAGAGAACAUCCGUCGCAGCAGAAGGCUAAGAGGAGAGGUUCUGCUACUGUAUCAUUCCAGGAUAUCCAGAGGCAAUUCGGAAGUCACUCUUGAUUGGAGCAGCUACAACUGAAUAAAUAAAUGUUUUUCUAAAGGAAAAAAAAAAAAGGCAAAACCUAAUAGUUGAAGUGUGUGUAGGGUUAAGAGAAGAGCUUGUAGGUUUUGGCUUGAAGGAUGAUCUGUCUUGCUCCUCCAAUGGGGGCGAACAAGGCGAUCAAGACUCCGACGAUGAUUGAAAUCUGUGAUUGAGAAGAUUGAGAGUAAUAAGCAAAUAGGCGUCUGACUGAGAUUUUAUGGGGGAA